UCAUCCAGGCAAAGUCACCAUGAGCAAACUAAUUCUAAUUGCAGGUCUCUGCGUUUCCCUCUGCAGUUUGGUCUCAUCCUCCAGACUGGUGUGUUAUUACACAAACUGGUCCCAAUACAGACCUGGCCGAGGAAAGUUUAUGCCUUCAAAUAUUGAUCCAUACCUCUGCACCCACCUGAUCUAUGCCUUUUCUGGUAUCAACGAGGCAAAUGAGUUGGUCACAACAGAGUGGAAUGAUGUGGAACUCUAUAGAUCAUUCAAUGGACUGAAACAGAGGAAUCCAAUUCUUAAAACACUAUUAGCAGUUGGAGGCUGGAAAUUUGGAACGCAGAAAUUUAAAACAAUGGCGUCAACACAAGCCAACAGAAAUACAUUUAUCCAGUCUUCUAUCAGACUACUCAGAAAUCACAGUUUUGAUGGAUUAGACCUGGACUGGGAGUACCCUACUGCAGAGGACAGGCAGAGGUUCACGGCGUUAUGCAAGGAACUCCUAAGGGCCUACGAGGCUGAGGCAUAUGCAACUGGCAAGCCCAGAUUAAUUAUCUCUGCUGCUGUUCCCGCAGGGAAAGUAACCAUUGAUGCUGGUUAUGAAAUUGCUGAGAUUGCAAGGUACCUGGAUUUUAUAAAUGUGAUGACAUAUGACUUUCAUGGCGCCUGGAAAAGUGUGACAGGACAUCAUAGUCCCUUAUACAAGGGAUCCAAUGACAUUGGUAACAAUGUUUACCUAAAUACUGACUUUGCCAUGAAGUACUGGCAGGACAGGGGAACACCUUUAGAAAAGCUAAAUAUGGGCUUUGCUACAUACGGACGAACAUUUCAACUGUCUCCUCAGUCCAGUCAGGCUGGAGCACCAGCCAGUGGGCCCGGAGCUGCUGGUGUUUUUACAAGGGAGGCUGGCUUCCGGUCCUAUUUUGAGAUUUGCACUUUUCUUCAAGGGGCCAGUGUCCAUGAGAUUGAGGGCCAGAAAGUUCCCUAUGCCAUUAAACAAAAUGAGUGGGUCGGAUAUGACAACGAAAAAAGUUUUGAGGUUAAGGUAUUCAGUCGUUUCUAUAAAAAUGUUGCUCACGGUCAAGUUAAAAAUACAAACUUUGUCAUUGACCUGUUUCUAUCGUUAUUCAAUCAGGUUCAUUACCUGAAAGACAACAACUUUGGAGGAGCCUUUGUCUGGGCCUUGGAUCUGGAUGACUUCAAUGGAGAGUUCUGUGGACAAGGAAACUAUGUCCUCAUCAGAAAAAUUCACGGUAUUUUGGCUUCAGAUCUUCCUCCCCUUCCCACUGCAGCCCCCCCUCAUUCUAAAGUGACUCCAUCUACACCCGAAGACAUUUCUACCACCACAUUUUCUCCAAUCCCAGACAACUUCUGUGCUGACAAGCUUGAUGGUCUUUAUGCCAAAUCUGAUGACCCAAAGUCUUUUUACAAUUGUUCCAACCAUGUGACCUGGGUCCAACACUGCCCAUCUAUUUUAGUCUUUUCUGAUAGCUGCAAAUGCUGUGACUGGCCCUAAAAGCUCGCACAUCAUUAUACAUUCCACAAGCCGUGGUUGUUAACAGUAAGGAAAAAUCCAAUCAUGAUUUACAAUUUCAUACAGGGGCGCAAACUCAUCGGGGCUGAAAAGGGUGACAAAGUUUUAAAUGGGAGGGAGGAAUUAGCUACUAAAAAUUAAUGUGGUGUUUGCUCUUUACAGCUAUUACAACUGCUAUUUGAUCAAAUAAGAGACAGGGCUUAGAUAUCACAUUUAUAAAUUGAUUUCACAACCAGUACAACUGAUAGAAAAACUGUCACACGGUAAUUUCAAUUCAUCUUCUGUCGUUUCCAGUAAGCUUCGCACUUGCUCUUCUCAACCGACAUAAUUAGGCUACUGCAGCAAGCAUUCCGUUUAACUACAUCGAAAGUAAUAGAGGUCCAUUUUGGCUAAAUGUCUACACCAUUGUCUCAUGAAUAAGUCUCUUGUUCCGAAAAACAUCCAAAAGCAAAUUGUUUAAUUACAUCGCGGUUAUGACAAUGGAACCAUCAAGGGGAUGACGUUAAUGUUAAGUUGGCACUGCGGAGAUCAACCUAUGUUGUAUUCAUCAGCAAAAUGGUAAUGUUAAUAACGUUAAAUGAGUAGGCCCAGGGCCCUAACGUUAGUAAUGUUAUACAAGUGGAAUUUGGAAUAACAGGUAUGCUAGCUAACAUUAGACUCCAUGGAAAUAACGUUAAAACGUAACGUUACAUAUCCAGAUUGUGAUGGCUAGCAUUUGCUAAAUCAAGACAACUCAACCUUAUCAGGCUAAUUAACAGUUCCAAGUUUGACAUAUUGUCAUAUACAAUUAAGAUUAUCGUAAUGCUACUGUAAGAGAUUCUCACUUUAAGCCAUGCAGGCAGUCAAAAACUGACCUCCCAGAGACGGCCCUCUUCACUCUUUGCCCCCCGAACAGACUACACGAAUCACAGAAAAAGGCCAGUUUUGGAUUCAAAACGGCGAUUUUAGCCUCAAUGUGAUGAAUUUGCACCCUGUUCGUCAGUGUAUGUGGUGUUGAUUUAAAAAUGUGUACACACUACUCAUAAGAAGGCAGAUUUUUGCUUUUCCUAAAACGAGCUGAUUAAACGUUCUCUUCCUUGCAUUAAACAGGGAAUGGUAAUCCUUACAAAAGCACUGGCUUCUGGGCUUCUUUCCAUUGUCCUGCAACAUUAAAUAUAUACUACAAUAUACAGUAUACUAUAAUAAUAAUUUUCUAUAUGCAUACAUGUCUAAACACAGACAAGGGUGACACUAUGAACUUCUUCAGAAGCCUGAACUGUCACGUCUCACAUCUUCUGAGAUGAUCUCCCACGUUGAAAUAACACUGUGCCCAAAACACCAUAAACAACCUUUAGUUUCAUUGUAAAGAUUUAGUUUUACGUUUUGAUGCAAAGCACCGCAUGAACCUGCCUAAAAGUAGUCGCGCUGACCUCCAGUGGAUAGUAAAAAUCAAAACAGAAAUACAAAUGAGCCUGUGUCUGUAAAAACACCAAAUGUUCACAUCUGAAGAUUUUGUAAAUGAUAUAUCAUCUAUUCUCCUCAACACCCAUGACCCUAUUGAACAUUUAGCUUUGUCAGGCAAUUGACAAAUAGUUGACAAAUGGUUCAAUGCAAUGUACUUAUUGGUUUACAGUAGUAAUUAAAAACCAAUUAAUAGGGGGACACUGGACAUCUGACUUAAUGGAUGAUUUAAAACUCCAAACCACUAGCAAUCCUCUCUAACUAAACUGAUGUAUGUAAUGUAACUCCCCGACCUUAAUAACAACUUAAGUAAUUGUAUCUCUACAGCACCUCAACACCAUUAAUUUGAGGGGAUGGGUUAAUUUGAGAGCAUAAUUUUAAUAACGAAAUGGUACAAAUUAUUAAUGUGGGAAACGACUUUGUGCACACAACCUACUAAUUCAUCAGUAUCUAUUACUAAUUUCUGCACACAAAUUCUGCCAUUAUUCAAUCUAGGCAGGGCCAUGUCUGGGUAUUUUCGUCCCAUAGGUGAGACAUCCACUGGUGCGCCUUGAGAGGAUGGAUUUUUAUAAAUUAUAUUAAUUCAAUUUUUUUAUUUAUUUAACUUUUUUAACUUCAUUCAACUUCUGUCCUGUGUCACGACUCAAUUAGUGUCUUUAAAUGCAUCCUGGUCCCUGUUAUGGGUUAUCUUAGUUUUAAUUGUCUUCAGGGUAUGAUAUGGAACAUAAACUAGUUAUGAAUAUCCCUGUAUCUCUUUAACAUUAUCCAGAUUUUUGAUGGCCUGUGCAGGAGUGUCUUUGAUUCCUCCACAUCAAAGACAACUGCCUACACUGGGGAACAGGUAUUACCAGUAUCUGACAUGACCGUGAGGACAUUUUAUGAUCCAAUAUUUAUUUUAAUUCGACUUUUGACUAUUUGUUUCUUUAUUAUACAGUUAAAAGUGCACAUUUAAGGCCUGAAUUAAACAGGAUUUAGACAGACUCUCUUUAUCGCAUCGUGAACAAAAUACAUUUGUUUUCAGAAAAACAGUAGCACUUUAGAGGUUCAAAAUAUCACAGAAAUAGGUGAAGAACAACUGCUCUGUUCAAAUCUUUCACU